GGCGAGUUCAGUGCAGCUCGAUAGCCUGGUCGGAGUGGUCGGUUGUGACGUGGCAGUGUAUCAUGGCAUCGAACCGGGACCCACGGUGAACAGCAGCCUCCCCAAGAUGUGACAACAGGUCGCCGCAGCUGCCGACAGCGCCACAGGUGGAAACACAGUGAACCAACAGACAAUAAACGGAAACACCGAACGGAAUUAAAAGCAGACAACAAAAAAAUGCGGGUGGCGCAGUGACAUCACAAGACGCUCAGUUCGACACGCAACAAUGGCGCCGACAAGGCAACAACGCCAGUGGCGACGACGCUCGCCACACACUGCAAACAGUGCGGUGCCAGCGUCACACCACUGGGCUAGUUGAAGCAGCAAUGUCGGGUCUGCAGACGGGGCCUCUGCUGCCCACGGCGCGGCCACAGCCAAACGUGACGGGGGGCUGGUUCCCCAACGGCGGGGUGGCCACCACAACAGUGACGCAUUGCCGCUACCCAGAAUACAACUACGACGUCGCGACGGCAAUCCUGUGUGGCAUGUACCUCGUUUUCGGCGUCGUGUACUGUCUCUUCGGGUACCGCUGCUUCAAGGCCGUCAUGUUCCUGACGGGGUUUAUCUUCGGGUCCAUCAUCGUGUACCUCAUUUGCCUGCAGGAGAAGCUGAUGCCUGUGUACGGGAACGCAGGGGUGGCGCUGGGGGCUGGCCUGCUGUUCGGCCUGAUCACGAUGUUGGUACAGUACGUGGGGCUCUUCAUGACGGGGUUCCACACCGGCCUGUUCUCCGGGGUCGUCGCCCUGGCCACGGCUGAACAGUUCCGGUGGCAGCCAACCACAGUGUGGACCAGUGCCGCCGUGCUACUCGGCGCCGGCCUCCUGGCUGCCGUCCUCAACCUCUACUGGCAGAAAGGUCUGACAGUGCUGGGGACCAGUGUGUACGGAGGUGCCAUCAUGGCGGGUUCGCUGGACUACUUCGUGGAGAAGUUCCUCAUGGUCAAGUGGGUGUGGGACAGAGUAGCCCUGAAGCCCAGCCACGCACCUUGCUGGUUCGGCUGGCUCAUUCUCGCUGUGUGGCCACUCAUGGUCGUCGUGGGCAUCAGCACACAGUGGGCAGUCACUGGCCGAGGGAUUCACCACCAAGAGCUGGUGCCGUCCAAGAAGGCGCGUCACCUCAACACGCAGCAACGAGUGCGCACGCGCGAGCAACGUGCAGAGUUGCGCCAGAAGAAGUAUCGCUACUUGUACCAGGUGCGCACAGCACACGGGGAUGUCAUUAGUCAGAGUUAUGUAGAAGCACUUCAGAGGAAAGUGUGCGGUCCAGGACCUGAGUCGAACACCCUGCAGUCCGAUUCAACCCACCUCACCAUCCUGGCAGCUGACCAGACUCAGCAGUUGACGGCACUCACUGAGUCGGAGGAUGAUAGCAGGGAUCUGUCUGCAGACAUAAUCCAGCUUGACAGGCGACAUCAUGACUCAAACCAUGGUAUCACCAGACCGCCCUACCGAUAGUCCUUGCCAGUAUCAUGAAUGAAGUCAGUGUACAUCGAAAGUUACCAUAUCGAUAACGUCAGACAGUUAAGGGACAGUGUGUGUAGCAGAAGCUAGAAGUGGUUCAGUUUACAGAACUAAAAAUUCCAUUAAUCUACAUACACCGUAAUGGGUUAAAUAAAUGACAUGUGAACAGUGUUCUGAGCUGGCACUGUAAUAGAUAACCGUGAAUGCAGAACCAUAUACGAGUUAUCUGUCCAGCAAGAAUCCUGGUAUGUAAUGAUCCAAAGAGUGCAAAAACAAGUAUAACAAAUUAGUACUAGUGCAGAACAUAGUGUCAUAAGCUACAAGCAGUGUUCACAUAACCUCUACAGUACACAAAAUCCUCACAAGGAGCACAGACUCUCUUGCUGUUGUGAGAGUAGCAACAAUAUGUAGCACAAUGCAAAACAAGUCCACAAUUAACUGGACUGCACAGCAGAGAGAGGAACAGGGACAGAGACCCUCAGUAACCUACUGUUUCCAGUUUUCAUAUAGACCCACAGAAAGAGAGCAACAUCAGCAGUCAACCCAUUGUUCUUGCUGUGGAGCAGACAUUACUCAACAUAAACUAGCCAAGAGGAAAUGAGAUGUGAUAUAGGAAGGUCCAAAACACAUGCAAUCCUGAUUUCAAAUGUGCA